AUGGUGAACUCGCUACAGACACAACCGCCACCCUCGAGCUUCUACCAGCUCUCAUUUCCCAAACCGGGAGUUUUGCUGGUCACCAUCAACCGCGAAAAACAACGCAAUUCCUUGCCAGCAGAGGCGCACUGGGAAGGCCAUGCCAUCUUUACUUGGUUCGAUGAAGAACCGACCCUGCUGGUGGCGGUGGUGACUGGCGCCGGCGACAAGGCAUUCUGUGCCGGUCAGGAUCUGGCCGAGCAGAGCUCCUCACGUCGAGGGGCCAAGGGUCCAGCGCAGCAGGCUGUGAUGAACCACCCCCCGACCGGUUUCAUGGGAUUGAGCCAGCGGCGAGGACGCAAGCCUGUGUUGGCCGCUGUGAAUGGGUUUGCACUCGGUGGUGGAUUUGAGAUUUGUCUUAAUUGUGAUAUUGUCGUCGCGUCUCCCCAAGCAACAUUCGGCCUCCCAGAGGUCGCCGUGGGAUUAUAUGCUGCAGCGGGCGGACUGCCCCGACUCAUGCGAAUCGUCGGUCUACAACUGGCCUCGGAGCUGGCGAUGACAGCCCGCAGACUGUCUGCACAAGAAGCACUCGACUAUCGAUUAAUCAACCGCAUCUCCCAAUCCCCUCAAUCUGUCGUGGACGAGUGCAUCGAGAUGGCCGUGCGUAUCACGAGCUUCUCGCCCGACGGAAUCAUUGUUACUCGGCAGGGAUUACGGGAGGCCUGGGACAAUCCCAGUGUGGAACAUGCCACGUCGCGAACGCGACAGGAAUAUGUCAACCGACUGGUCGCAGGCGAGAAUUUCAAGAUUGGCGUGGAGGCGUUUACGCAGAAGAAGCAGCCCAAGUGGGUGCCGUCGCGUCUAUGA